UAAAUUACUUGUAAUCCUACAUUUUUUAAUGUAUGUAAAUGAAGAAGCACGACAUCCCUCUUCCUCAUUCCUCUUAUCCCAUCUGCCAUCAGUAGCCCCCCACCCAGACACUACUCCCCUCACCCCCGUCUCCCACAAAAUGCAGCCACUAUUAACAGGUUGGCAUACCUCCUUCCAGACAUCUUUAUGUGUGGGCGUGUGUACAUAUAGUCAGCAUUCUAGAAAGUUCCCUCUGGCAGCAGUGCAGAGGAUGGAUGGGAACAGGGCCAGGCUAGAGCAGGAACCCCGUCGGGAGGUUAUUGCAAUAAUUCAGCCCUUGGCAGGCCUCCACGAAAAUGGAAAUAACUUAGGGUCCUCCUGUUAUGUUCUCAGCCUAGUGCAUUUAAGGAACAAAGAUGGAUAUGCCGUAAAAGAUUCUCGCUAGAAGCCAAGACAUUUUAAUUGUAGCCCCGACUCACAGUUUCCCAGAUGAGUAUGAAGGGGUGAUAGAAGGGGAUGAGAAUCUCCUGCUGUCAUGUACCCACCUGCCCUGCCCUCCCAAGAGGAAGGUAGGAACAGGGGGCCAGGUGGCUCCAGAGAAUCCAGGCAUUGGAAGGAGCGAGAAGGAGACUGGGAACUUGAAGAAGGCACUUGGUUAUGAUUUUUCCAUCUACAACCAAGUCGACCGCCUCGCUAAGCUCAGUCACGGACACCCAGGGGUGAGGGAGGCCCGUGUCUGGAGAAGCCCGGGAUCAUCAGCCAGACCUCAGGCCACGAGGAAAAACCAUGUGCGAGCCUAAAACAAGCUGGAUGUUGCAGCCGGAUGCCCUGGAGAAGGAGCUGAGAGCCCGGGAGCAGUACUGGCACCGCCGGGAGCAAGAAGAGGUGCGUCUAGCGGAACACCUGGGGCACCUGAGCCAGGAGCUCCUCUCCGUUCCGGGCAAAGAUGCCCAGCGACAGGUGAGGCCCAGAGGUGCCACUUCAUGGUCCCCACACAGACCUUUACCCAGACGACACAGGUUUCUUUUGUAAGUGUGGAGCCUUUGUCACGCCUGCUGACAGAAAACAUGGAACCCACCGCAGGGCAGACAGAGUCCUGGGAUCCUUGGCUCCAGGCCCUAGCCUCUGGUCACCCCUAAGUGUCUCAGGACAGAGGAGGAGGAGGAGAAGGAAGAAGAAGAGGAGGAGGAAGGGCCAGCAUGAGGGGGCCCAGCCCAGAGCUCCUGCCUUCCUCUCCGAGGCCUCUUUCUUUGUGCUUCCUGCCCUGUGUAGCUGAGGGCUGCCGAGGAGGCCUGUGCUGCGCUGGAGUCCUGCCACCUGCAGGAGACUCAGAGGAGAGCCAGAGCCCUGAGCAUGCAGAGUGGCCCAGAGCGGGGCCUGCUCUCUCGAGGUGGUACAGCAUCCCCUGGGCCCAGAUCCCCAGGGCAGAAAUCUCGGGAGUGGGGAGCCCCUCCUGCCCUCUGAAUGUGCUCACCUCCCAGGCUCCCAGCCAGGCCCUGGCUCGGACCUGGCAGGUGCAGUAAACCACUGUGUCUUUUCUUCUCCCUGUCCCCAGACAUGGCUGCCGUUACAUGGCUCUUCUCUCUGCCCCUUGCAGCAGACAGAGAGGAGGGGGAGCAGGAGGCACAGGUGGCGCUAGGCAUGCAGAGAGUCCUGCAGAGUUUAGGACACGCAGCAGAGAAGCUAGGGCAAGCGGUGGGCCGGCUGCGGAGCCAGGAGGAGGAGACGUGGCUACAGCAGAGUAGGGGUCAGAGCCCCCAGAUCUGGAACCGUCUCAGGAAGGUGGUUCAGCAUCUCUCUGAUGAGUUUCAGGAGGUGGUAAGGGAGAGACAGAGCUUUCUCGAUCAAGCCCUCGGUCACUUACAGUACCAACGGGAGCUUAGCCGCCUCCACCUCUUGCACACCCAGAUUGUUGCCUCAGGAGCCCCUGCGUGUUUGGAGAAUUACCCUGGAGACAGAUUCUAUGGAACAGUCACGGCUUCUCUAAGGGACCAGGCUGCUGCCUGCCCACUCUUGAUCCCCUUCCUGAAGAGCCUCACUGCAGCGCUAGUGGGAGCUCAAGGUUAUGGUCCAGGACCAGAGGAUCAGGGGCCAGGAACAGAUACAGAUAAAGUUGACAUCGCGUGGACCUCACCAGUCUUUUCUACCCUGAAGAAAGUAGACAUCUGGUCCCAAGCCCUCAAGGAGGAAGCUGCACUACAAGCACAACUGCAUCACCAACAAGCCCCAGAAAACUGUUUGCAGGAUGUCCCGAAACCUCAGAUAAUGCUGAAGGAAGAGCUUAUCGCUGUGCAAGCCACAGACCUUUCUGCCAGGGAGUUUGUGGUUUACCAGUAUGGCCUCUCCAUCCUGGACCUCCUCACCCCCCAGCUUCAGGCUCCUGAAAUCACCCUGCAGAUUGCUUCUCAUCUGCCUGCCAUGGAAGCCUCAGACAAUGCCUUCGAAGGCUCCUUCUUCUUUCAGGUGCUGCAAAUUCAGCCCCAGAGGCGGGUUUGUAAAAUUCUAGGGUCUAAAGAGAUAGACAGAAGCAAAAAGAACAAACACUAUAAAACAUUUUUCUCUCUCAAGUCCUGA